UCAGCUGUGAUGCAUGUUUAAAAGGAAAUUUUCGAGGUCGCAGAUAUAAGUGUUUAAUUUGCUACGACUACGAUCUUUGUGCAUCUUGUUAUGAAAGUGGUGCAACUACAACAAGGCACACAACUGACCACCCAAUGCAGUGCAUAUUAACAAGGGUAGAUUUCGAUUUGUACUAUGGUGGGGAGGCUUUCUCUGUAGAGCAACCACAGUCUUUUACUUGUCCCUAUUGUGGAAAAAUGGGCUAUACGGAGACAUCUCUUCAAGAACAUGUUACUUCUGAACAUGCAGAAACAUCAACAGAAGUGAUUUGUCCAAUAUGUGCAGCGUUACCUGGAGGCGAUCCUAAUCAUGUCACGGAUGACUUUGCAGCUCAUCUUACACUUGAACACAGAGCCCCUAGAGAUUUAGAUGAAUCGAGUGGUGUUCGACAUGUACGUAGAAUGUUUCACCCUGGCCGGGGACUAGGAGGUCCUCGCGCCCGUAGAUCAAACAUGCACUUUACUAGCAGUUCUACUGGUGGACUUUCUUCUUCUCAGAGUUCAUAUUCUCCAAGCAAUAGGGAAGCCAUGGAUCCUAUAGCUGAGCUUCUAUCUCAGUUAUCAGGAGUGAGACGUUCUGCAGGAGGACAGCUUAAUUCUUCUGGCCCUUCUGCCUCUCAGUUACAACAACUGUGCACCUUGGGGCAGCUCUCGGGUCUGCCCGCCACACAGCGUGUUCUUGACACCCCAGAGCUGAGUGGCUCAGUGGAGGGCAUUGUAGAUCUGGGCCUUGUAUCAAUAAGGUCUUUUUCUCCUCCCCCACACAGGUUGAAUGAUCCUAAAAUGUCCGAAGUUGAGCGCCAGUCCAUGGAGAGCGAGCGCGCAGACCGAAGCCUGUUCGUCCAAGAGCUCCUGCUGUCCACCUUGGUGCGGGAAGAGAGCUCGUCCUCAGAUGAGGAUGAACGGGGAGAAAUGGCAGAUUUUGGUGCUAUGGGCUGUGUAGAUAUUAUGCCUUUAGAUGUUGCUCUAGAAAACCUAAAUUUAAAAGAGAGUAAUAAAGGAAAUGAGCCUCCACCACCUCCUCUUUGAUGACAUCCCACUUCGCAGACAAUGUCCUCUGUGCUGUAUUUGCCAAUGAAAGUGGACAACAACUAUCUUGGGUUUGUUUGGUGAUUGUAAUUUCAGGUCUGUCACUCUUGUUACAUUGUGUACAUUCAAAAGGAAGAGAGAAAAAUAUAUAUGAUAAUCAUUUCCACUUAACUAAUUUUUACUUCUAGCAGGUAAAUGUAGGUAGCAGUGCAGGGAUGACCUCUGCUUCCUGUACCUUGACAUGCAAAAGGCUCUCCUAAUGCUCCACAUUCAAACUGAAGAGGAAAAUGGAAAUCUCUAAUGAAGCUGCUGUGUGUAUUUAUGAAUAUUAAUGAAUAAAAACUGCUUGGAUGGUUUACCUUAACUACUGCAUGAGGUUUUUUGCAGCGUGCAUGAGUUUUAGUGACCUUGUUAUUUAAAAAUUAAAUACAAGGAGUAAAACUUAAAAAACAAAGCCCAAAGCUUUCCCACACAUUAUUCAGUGGUUACCAGAAAAGUAGCUCUUGAAUAAUGUAGCCUGAAUCACCUUUCUCUGUGUGCCUCCUCUGCACAAAGCCAGCUCUGCAGUGGAAUCUGAGGGUCCUAGCAGGUGCACACUCCGCUGUGUGACUGCCCUGUCGCCCUGUCAGUCAUCCGCCCCUGGAGCCUACCCGACUCACUCCUCCAUGGAAGACACCAGUAAAGCUGCUGUCGGAAUCUGCUGCAGGGUACUUGUGUGCCCUAAAAACAAAUCCUGUUCAUGUUUGUUGAAAGUUUUUACUUUUUGUGGUUGCUUAAAGUUUUUCAAUUGUUAAAUGUGUUUUAUUCAGGUGUAGAUGAGUUUCUUUUAUUCACUGUUCAGCGAAGUUAACCUGAAUUAUGUUGUCUUGUUUUUAAAAAUCUCAACUUCUCAAGCAUAUUUUGCGUUAUUUAUGUAUUCGCUUGUAGUUUGCCGAGAGAGAUCAGUACCAGGGGAGCUUUGAGGACUCACUCGCCUUCCCAGAUUUUGUCAUAUUACAACCAAAUUCUUAAUGCUAACUUGGCACCUUUUAUUUAUUGGGUUUUUUCCUGGCAUAAAAAGUAAAGCCUCUUAAUUGAAUCAUGCCACCUAUAUGCCUAUAUUAUUAAUCCUGUGUGUAAAAAAAUGUACAGCUUUCUUGGGGUUUGUUUUGGGGUAUGAAGCGGCCGGGUUAUUUUUUAUUUCCUGUUUCAGUUUUUGUGCAUAGACUUUCGCAAUAGCUCCAAGGCAGGGACAGCGGGUCUAGGGAAUGGGGGCAGUUUUUGGAAUGUAAAUUUAGGACUUUUAAAAGGUGCGCACAGCUUCUGAUAAAUUUAUAACUAAACUUAACCUAAUCAUGUCAUGUCUUGUUCCAGUUCUCUUUUCUCUGAGCCCUUUUCGUGUUCUCCCUUCUCCCCCUGCCCCCACCAUACCCGUCCUUCCUUUCUCUGUCUCUUCAGCACAGCGGGCAUACAGACCUGAGCACCCCCGUGUUCUUCCGAGAACUGUGUGGUCCAUGUCCAUCCAAAUGUACCAAAAAGUCCCCCUGCGUGUCUAAAAACUGUUACUUCUCUGAAACUUCAGACUCCAGCGACUUCCAAACACAACAUGAGCUUUGUCUUCUUUAAUUUUUGUAGUGGCAGAUGUUUUGAGAGAAAAUUUUUCACUAGGCUUCUAGUUACAUGCUAGAAGCUGAGUCCUGUAGGGACUUGCUUUUUUGUUCAGUUGGUGGGUGAGAAGUUUCAAAAACCAGUCUUCACGCUGUGGUCUUUCAAACACAUCUUCUGCACAGAAGUCACACAUUUCAAUAAAACAUUUUCAAGA